AGCGAAUCUGUUUUCCCACAGUGUCUUGAUGUCUCAUGAGAAUGUGGAGCUGGUGUUCAGUGACGCAGAACGCUUGCCAGAAGCCUUCAGAAAAAGCAAGAAGGGAAGCAUCUACCUGACACCUUACAGGAUGAUCUUCUUGACUAAAGGGAAGGACCCUCUGCAGUCGUUCAUGAUGCCGUUUUAUCUUCUGAAGGCCUGUGAGGUCAAACAGCUGGUGCUCGGCGCCAACUACAUCAACGGCAUGAUCAGCGCCGAGCCUGGAGGUAAAACACCGAACAUAAGAGCGAUGAGGCAAUAA